AAUCAGGUUCCUCGAUAUUUAACAAACCCGAAAUGUUUUCGUGGAUCUUGAGGAAACAAAGGUCGUCGUGGCCGUGGGAUUGAUUUGCGCAGAUGACGAUGGAGCUCUCUCUGAUCACGGCCAAGCAAGGCGUAGCGUUUGGGAGCUCUCUUCUUCUUCUCAACCGGUGGGAUUUAGCUAAUCACAUUUCGUUCGCCGCCGCCGAUUCCCUCGUCGACCAGUCGGCGGUUAUCUUCCCCGUCGAUGCGAUCGCUAAUUCGCCGGUUAGAUCCAGCUCUUACAAGACGAUCCGCAGGAUCCGCAAAAGGAGGCGCACGAAGCGCGUUUCAUACGGCGGCGAUUCGGAAGACGGAGGAGAUUCCGGUCGGUUUUUAUUAGAAGGGGGUGGUUACGACGGUCCGUUUGGGUUUGGCGGUGGGAAUGAUGGCGGUGGAAAGGGAUGGAACUACGGUGGUGGUGGUGGAGGUGGUGGAAAUUGGGAUGAGUCAUCAUCGUCUUCUUGGUCGGAUCCGGCGAUGGAGUUCGUGUACGAAGUGAUUUGCUGGAUUGCGUUGUCGAAUUGUGUGCAUUUUGCGUUCAAGAGGAUAAUGACGAUCGUGACGGAUGGUGAAAGGGAGAAGUUGAAUUUGUCACUGUCUCCUGUCUGCUGAAAAAAUUCGUGGUUAGGUUGCAGUCAUGUGUCGGAAAAUUCUUAUAAUCACAGCUUCAGUUCCAUCUAAUGAUCUCUUGUGUGUAUAUAUAUUUAUAGACAUUGUACAUAUAUAUUUCAUUUCGUUUGCAAUCUACCUUGAAUUC